AGAGCAACUAACAGUCAGGAGCCAGGAGCCAGGAGCCAGGAGCCACAACUCAGGUGCAUAUCAGAGAAUACAGAGAGGAGACAAUAGCUACCGCAGCUGGAAAAGAUAACGAGAGAGCUUCGACAGGAUUGCAUGUUUUGACAGAAAGACUAAAAUAUUCCCAGAGAGGAGAAGCAAAACCAGAAGUGAAUAUGAACCUGUUAGUCAUCGUCGCCAUCCUCGCAGCAUUCAGCGUGAACGUGGCUCUCGCAAGAAGGAGAAAGGCAUUGUCACCAAAACCAAGGGGCACCUUUCAGCAGAUGUGUCUGUCCGGGGACGGGAGCGCUUACAGGGGGUAUGUUUCAGAGACGACACGCGGUCACAGAUGUCUCAACUGGAACAGGUUCUCUCUCCCUUGGGGACCUUCGCAGGGACUGGGCAACCAUAAUUACUGCAGGAAUCCCGACCGGAGUUUGAUGCCAUGGUGUCUGGUCCGAAGAGGAACAAGGAUUGUGCAGGAACUUUGCGAUGUUCCCAAAUGUUCAGCACCAACAGAACAACCUCCUCCUGAUGUGGAUACAGAGCUGACGUGCGGUGAGAGGUCUGAGAGGAGGAUGUAUAAAGUCGUGGGUGGUUCUUUCACACCCAUAGAGUCGCAACCAUGGGUCGCUGCAAUCUUUAAGCGGCGACAAAAGUUCCUCUGCGGCGGCACCCUCAUCUCGCCAUGCUGGGUUGUCACGGCUGCACACUGCUUCUCUGAUGGUGAUGAUACCAACCUCCAGGACUUGUCUGUAUACCUGGGGAAGACGGCCCUUAAUGAGACGGAUGCUGACAAGGAGCAGAAAUUCACUGUGGAAAAACUGAUUGUCCACAAACAGUACAACGACACCACAUACAACAAUGACAUAGCCCUGCUGAGGAUCAAAAGCAGAAGUGGAGGAUGUGCGGCCAAGUCAGCGUCCGCACGGACCGCGUGUCUCCCUCCGCCCCACACUCGGCUUCCUGCAGGAAUCCAGUGCAGCAUCGCAGGAUAUGGGAGGGAGAGAUUCAUGGCAUGGCAUUACUCACAGUACCUUAAAGAGGCCCAGGUGAAGCUGAUCUCCCAGGCUGACUGUAAAAGAAAAUCGUACUAUGGAGAUCUCAUCACUGACAACAUGUUCUGCGCUGGGACCCCUGACUGGAGCACUGAUGGAUGCGAUGGUGACUCUGGAGGUCCGCUGGUGUGUGAGGUGUCUGGUCGGAUGUUUCUGUUCGGGGUGGUGAGCUGGGGCGACGGCUGUGCAAGGGAGAACAAACCAGGUGUUUACACGCAGGUCACCAACUACAACAAGUGGAUCGCGGCAAAAACAGGCCUCCCCAAUUACACGCAGGGAAUAAUGUAUCCCAUAAAGUGAGGCUGUGGCAGAAGUUCCCCUGCUGGGCAUGUCAUCAGUAGCAGCUUUGUAGCCUCAUAGUGUGUGUGUGUGUGUGUGUGUGUGUGUGUGUGUGUGUGUGUGUGUGUGUGUGUGUGUGUGUGUGUGUGUGUAUAAGCUUGUUGUGGACGUUUAUUUAAUUAACUUUUCUAAUUGUUUUCUGUAAAUAGCAGUGAUACUUUUUUUAUGACGAGCGCUUAUCACAAGGAUGGAUUUUUAAUACAAGCUGUCAACAUUUUAUUUAUUUUAUUUAAUGUUAUAAGCAUUUUCUCUUGAACAAGGCUGGCCCUGCUGUUAUGUAUUUUUUUUUAUACAGUAAAUAAAAUAUUUCUGAUACAUAC